AUGUCGCGAGACAACAAAAUAGACAACCGGAACGAGGAACAUAAAUUUAGUGAUUUGAAAUUGAGUGAUGAAUGCCUUGCACGUCAGCCAGAUGAAGUGUUUGAUAUUAUUUGCAAGAUUGGUCGAGGAUCCUAUGGCAGUGUCUACAAAGCUUUACACAAGGAAUCUGGAUCAGUCUUGGCAAUCAAACAAGUGCCAGUUGAUACAGAUCUCCAAGAAAUCAUUAAGGAGAUAUCAAUUAUGCAGCAAUGUGACAGUCCAUACAUUGUGAAGUAUUAUGGCAGCUAUUUUAAGAACACAGAUCUUUGGAUUGUUAUGGAAUAUUGUGGUGCAGGUUCAGUCUCAGAUAUUAUGAGAUUACGAAAUAAAACUCUAAAUGAACUUGAAAUCGCCACAAUAUUAUCCUACACAUUGAAAGGACUGGAAUAUUUGCAUUCUCGGCGAAAAAUCCAUCGUGAUAUUAAAGCUGGUAAUAUACUCCUGAAUAAUGAAGGCCAAGCCAAACUAGCUGAUUUUGGUGUUGCAGGACAACUGACUGACACCAUGGCAAAGAGAAAUACUGUAAUUGGCACUCCCUACUGGAUGGCACCAGAAGUCAUACAAGAAAUAGGAUAUGAUUGUGUGGCUGAUAUAUGGAGUUUAGGUAUCACUGCAUUAGAAAUGGCAGAAGGAAAGCCUCCAUAUGGAGAUAUACAUCCUAUGAGGGCCAUCUUUAUGAUUCCUACAAAGCCCCCACCAUCAUUCCGUAAUCCUGAUAAAUGGUCACCAGAAUUUAUAGAUUUUGUUUCUAAGUGUUUGGUAAAAAAUCCAGAACAAAGAGCCAUGGCAAGUGAUCUCUUAGAGCAUGAAUUUAUCAAAAAUUGUGAUCCAUGCACCAUUCUUCAAAAGAUGAUUCAAGAGGCUCGUGAAAUCCAGGAGUCUCAAACUUCACAUACACCCAAUGGUGAUGAAUCGGGUGAUGAUGAUUACUUGGAUAAUGGCACAAUGGUACGGACUGGCGGUGGAGAAGGUGGCGGUGGAGCAGCGGUUGACUCAGGGACAAUGAAAGCACCUAAUGGAGAAGGAACUUUAGUGGAGAGUACAAGUGGGACUGUGAUAGUGAACAGUGAGGCUAACACUUUAGUGGAGUCUGAACUGGGCACAAUGGUCAUCAAUGAAGACACUGAUGACGAAGAGAAUUCAACUAUGAAAAGCCAUGACACUGCAACAGCAGGCAAGAAUAAGUACCGUCCAGCAUACCUUGAUCACUUUGAAAAGAAAGAGCAGGAAGAGAAGGACAGGGUUAGCGGCCAGUUGAAAUCUCAGAGGGAACAACAAAACCAGCAACAAUCUCACAAUGUGCCACAGAAGCAGGUUACCCCACCUCCUCAUCGCUUCCAGCGCUCUUUCAUCGAUGGAGACUAUGAAUUUGUCAGUUAUCUGCGUACACUUCCUUAUGAAGAACUUGAACUUCGACUGUUGAGCCUGGACCCAGAGAUGGAGCGUGAAAUUGAAGAGCUUCGAGCUCGUUACCAAGCAAAGCGGCAACCUAUUCUAGAAGCAAUUGAUGCUAAAAAGAAGAGACAACAAAAGUUUUAA